UGUGGGGCAUUCUGAAAAAUUCUACGCGUAGAUCUUUCUUUUUCUUUUUUAAUUUUCCCCAAUCUUUCAUCAUUUUCUCUCCUUCCUGUGUCCGUUGGAACCAAACAGUUGGUUUACACAAACACACACUCGGUCUCUUUUCUCUCUCUCUCACUAAAGUGUGGGUAGUAAAUAACACAUUAUGAGCAGAGCAAGAGUGAGCAUUACAAAACGACACCGGUUAUGAAUCCAGCAACCGAGCCACCACAACCACCGCAGCCCCACCGUCCUUCCACCUCUUGUGACCGUCACCCCGACGAGCAUUUCACUGGCUUUUGCCCCUCAUGUUUAUGCGAGCGUCUCGCCGUUUUAGAUCACUCUUCUUCUGCGUCUUCUUCAUCGCGAAAACCUCCCCUCACUUCCUCAACCGCGGCCGCUCUUAAGUCCAUUUUCAAGCCCUCCGUCGGCGGCGGUGGGGGUGGUUCCUCGAGACCGCCGUUUUUCCCGGAGCUUCGUCGGACCAAGUCGUUUUCUGCUUCCAAAAACGAGGGCUUUAGUGGCGUCUUUGAGCCCCAGAGAAAAUCUUGUGACGUUAGGGUUAGAAACACGCUCUGGUCGUUGUUUACGCAAGACGACGAGAGAAACCCUUACAAGAGAGAACAACAGCAGCAACAACAACAACAACAGAGUGAGACGACGAGUGAGAGCAGAAAUUUAGGGUCUUCGGCUAGGCCCAGCUUUCAAGGACCAGUGUUUGAGUCCAAAGAAGAAGACAAAACUGAAAGUGAAGAAGACAAUGAUGGUGAUGACGACUACAUUAGGGUUGUAGAUGAGCCUGAUGUAGGAACGUCAUCUUCAAAUGUUGUAAUUGAAGAGAAAAUUGAAGAAAUUAUCGAAGAAGAAGAAGACAAGAUAGAGGAAGUUCAAGAAGAGGAGUUACACUUAAACUUAAAGCCGAUGAAGGACCACAUAGAUCUUGAUUCACAAACGAAGAAGGGUUCAGGGAGAGAUUUUAAAGACUUUGCUGGGAGUUUCUGGUCAGCUGCUUCAGUGUUUAGUAAGAAAUUACAAAAGUGGAGACAAAAGCAGAAGCUGAAGAAACGUAGAAAUGGAAGUGGUUCAGCCAGAUUGCCUGUAGAGAAGCCAAUUUCCCGACAAUACAGAGAGACUCAGUCGGAGAUUGCUGAUUACGGGUUUGGGAGAAGGUCUUGCGACACGGAUCCGAGGUUCUCGCUGGAUGCGGGUCGGAUAUCUUUUGAUGAUCCACGGUACUCGUUUGAUGAGCCACGGGCUUCUUGGGAUGGUUAUUUGAUUGGAAGGACUUUUCCAAGAAUGCCCACUAUGGUUUCUGUUGUGGAGGAUGCUCCUGUAGUUCAUGUUUCAAGGUCUGAUACUCAAAUCCCAGUUGAAGAACCAACUAUGAAUGCUAUUAAUGAGGAUGAGAUUGUUCCUGGUGGGUCUGCUCAGACUAGGGACUAUUAUUCGGAUUCGUCUUCUAGGCGAAGGAAGAGUCUCGAUAGGUCUAGUUCGAUCAGGAAGACAGCAGCUGCUGUGGUGGCUGAGAUUGAUGAAAUGAAGUCAGUUUCUAAUGCGAAAGUGUCUCCUGCGACUGUGGAUUGUUUUCAGGGGCCGAAGUUGGUUUUUGGAGAUAAGGAUUUGAGGGAUUCAAACUCGAAUUCUUUAAGGGAUGAUUGUAGUGAGACUUUUGAGAUGAAUUUUAGAGACAAUGCGUCUGUAGUGGGGAAUGGUGAAAGGAAGGGGAAUAAGAAGUCCAAGAGAUGGAGUAAAGCAUGGAAUAUAUGGGGUUUUAUACAUAGGAGAGGUGUUAACAAAGAUGAGGAUGAAGAUAGGUAUAGUAGAGCAAAUGGGGUUGAGAGGUCAUUUUCGGAAUCUUGGCAAGAUUUGAGAGGAGAAAGGAAUGGAGAAGUUAAAGGGGCAUUUAAUCCAAAGAUGUUGAGGAGUAAUAGCAGUGUUAGUUGGAGGAAUUCGAGUAAUUUUGGUGGAUCAUUUGGUGGUUUGAGGAAGAACGGAGUUGAGGCUAAUGGACAUGGUAGAAAGAAAAAAGAUGAGUUUGUGUUGGAGAGGAACAGGAGUGCAAGGUAUUCACCAAACAACCUUGAUAAUGGACUGUUAAGGUUCUACUUGACCCCGAUGAGGAGCAGUCGGAGAGGUGGAUCAGGCAAAAGUAGGUCAAAUCAUGCACAUUCAAUUGCAAGGAGCGUACUGCGAUUGUACUAAAUUUGGAGCUCCAUAAGGUGUUUCUUUGGUUUCAUGUUGUUAAUUUUUCUGCAUUUGUUGUGUAAUCACACAUGCCUAUGUAUUCUUGAUGGUUGGUUGGAUAAAAAGCACCCUAAAUUUGUUGCCUUUUCUUUGAGUGGCAUGCUUCUUCAAUUAUUCAAAUAACAAGAAUUUUCAGUGUUUA